AUGCAGACUCCCGGUCCCGGCGGAGUCCGUCCUCACUCCGGCUUCACAUGCAUUGUACCCGCCGUGGGGGACCUUUCCUGUUCGGGCACUGCAGCUGCGCUCCGCUCUGUGUGCCGGACACAACAAAUGGUCAAAGAGGGUGGACCCAACCCAGACAUGAAUGUAAAUUUAGCCCAGAUCCUGGAGCAGUGCAGAAACAAGAACAUGCCCAAAGCGAGCAUGGAGACUGCAAUCAAAAGAGCGUCCAAACCAGUUUUCCAGCACACGUUUGAAGCUCGGGGGCCUGGUGGGUGUCUGAUGCUCAUAGAGGUCCUGACUGACAGCAUCCCACACAGUUACCAGGAAAUUAAACGCUUGCUGAACAAGAACGGAGGGAUGCUGUCGGAGGGAGCCCGCCACAGCUUCAACAAGAGGGGGGUGGUGGCAGUGUCGGGCCAGAACACCUCAACGGAACGAGCUCUGGAGCUGGCCAUUGAGGUGGGAGCCGAAGAUGUCCAAGAGACUGUGGAUGAGGAGGAGCAGCCCCUCCUGCAGUUUAUCUGUGAUGUGAUGGACAUGAGGAAGGUGCAGGCGUCAUUGGAGGAGAUGGGAAUGCAGAUUAAAACUGCUGCAGUGGAGUUUGUGCCCCUCACCCCAGUGUGUCUGAGCCACGACCAAAUGGAUGGUGCUUCAAAGCUAAUAGAAGCUCUCAGUGACUAUCCAGACACAGUUCAAGUGUGGGAUAACAUCCAAGUGGACAGCUGA